UCCUCCAUCUUCGUCCUCAGAAAAUUCCAAAUCUCCAUUUCCCACCAUGAAACCCUCGAACCUCCGCCACCGCGCAUCCCUCCCUCUCCCAUGGCUCCCUCCUCCCGAAACCCGAACCCGAACCCUAACUCCAACAAAACCCUCUCCCUCCAAAAUCCUCCACACAAUCAAAGACCCCAGUUCAACCCUAAAGCAAAUCCUCACCGCCUUCUCCUCCGCCUCCCGCCACCCAAAUUUCCACCACAACUACGAGACCUACCAAACCCUAAUCCCUCUUCUCGCUCGCCGCCGCCAGUUCACUGUCGCUGGCGCUGUUCUCAACGUAAUGCGCCGCCGCGAUGGCCUCGCUCCCGGGCCCACCGUCCUCAUUCCCCUUGUCAAAUCUUACUGCGACGAUGGGCGGUAUGUCGAUGCUGUUGACGUCUUUCUUAAGUUUUCUAGUUCGAAUAGGGUCUUUUCGUUUCUGUUGAAAACCCUAGUGGACGAUGGGGAGCUUGAUGUUGCCGAGGUGCUUUUUCGUAAAGCUGCUGAUUUAGGUUUUCAGAUUCAGGUUAGGUACUAUAAUGCAUUUAUUAAAGGGCUUUGUGACCAUUUGAUGAUUGAUGAUGGGAUUAGAGUUUUUAAAGGAAUGUUGAGUUCUGCAGUUUCACCAGAUGUGAUAACGUUUAGUACAUUGAUCAGUCAUUUAGGAAAGGAAGGGAGGGUUUUGGGGUCAAAUGCGAUGUUUGGGAAAAUGUUGAUGAUGGGGGUUUUGCCUGAUUCGGCUUGCUAUAAGAUUUUGUUUCGAAUGUAUUGGAGGAAUCAGAUGGUGAGUGAGGGAGUUGGAAUUCUAAGGGGGUUGGUAAUGGAUGGGCUUUUGAAUGAGGGAGAGGUUUUGGGAUUUGAUGGUGUAGUUGGAGAGGAGAUGUUGGGGGCAGUUUUAAAGAGAGGUUAAAUGGGUUUCAUCGUUGGACAAAUCAAGAUGGAAUGGGAUUUAGGAUUUGUGUAAGAGGUUCACUUUGAAACAGUGCCACUAAGAAUGCUGACGGAAGUUACGACAAUGAAUUUGAAGAGCGUGCUUUGAUGGGGAAGCAGGUUGCCUGUGUUAUAUCUGAAAUUCAUUCUGGGAGUUGAAAUCACCAAGUUACCUGCUAUCAGUGUACUAAAGGGUUGAUUUCACCAAACCGGUAGAUCUUUUGGGGGUUUGCAUAAAACUACCAUGAACUUUUCUUUAUACGCGACAACUACCAUGAACAUUUUCCACUAAACUACUAUGCCUGACGACAGAGGAUUAACAAGACUUGACUAUUCCAUCUAUAGGUGGACAUGGCAGAUGAGUAUCAUGACUUCAUACCUGAGAGCUAAAUUUGCUAGAAUUUACUCUAUCUUGAGUGUGGGACACAAUCUAUUAUGUAUCUAAAUGCUUGAUGGUCUCACUGUUUCCAUUUUUUGGAUAAGCAUUCUGCUUGAUGUUUUCUCAUAUAGUGCUCAGUUGGUUAUUUAACAUUUAACUCCUCACACAGCCUCAUUUCCAUAUUCUCCUUUUCUUUUUUCUUGUUAUGCGAUGAUUGAACACAAUCUUGUAAAGUUUCCUCUUUGCUUUAAUUUGUGUCAUUGAGGUGAGAUACAGCCUUUGUUGAUGUCUUGACAAAUAAUUUUCCUUCUCCGCGUAAAUUGGUGGAGCUCGUCAGCUUUGCUUUUCUCGUAGGUAGAUGUUCUUGUGUUACUCUUAGAAACAAUAUCCAUCUGCUUUUUCUCCAUCGCCUAUAAAAUAAAUGAUUGCAAAUUGUGGUUUUUUAUAUCAGUAUGCACUGAAUUCUGCUAUCAUCUGUCCUUGAUAGGUUCUAAUUACUUUUAUAAAUUCAGUAAGAUUCCCUCUGCUUUAAUCCUCAGUCUAUACUAUCCGCCCUGCUGCUU